UUCGUCGAAGGAUGUUUGUUCGGUGCGUUUUUAUUCUUUUGCAUACCCGCAUUCGUACAGGGAAUCCUCCUGCCUCCGGCUGACUGAAAUCAAGCUCAGUCGCAUUCUUGCAGUCCCAUAGUGCAGUGGCGCAUUCUUGCAACCGAGAGUUUCGUCUCGUAUCAUGUUUUAAGUGCGUUAAAGUUUGUGAGACAUACUUCCGCGAAUUUCGAACUAUUUUGAACGAACACAAAAAAAAUCACCAUAAUGAAGAUCAAACGCACCGCUUUUCCGAAGAGGAUUAACAAAACUCUUAAGCAUGUGGCCAAGUUGAACCUGUUGACUGUGUUGAACGAAAAUGUGGCUAAACCGAUCCAGAGGUUUAUCCGCGACGAGAUUGCCGAUUUACAGCGGAACAAGAUCAAGGCGGAGUACCACUUUUGCCCCAACUACACCCUGGCCAAGGAGGCUAAAACCAAAGGAAAGAGUAAGAAACUGAAGACCGUGAAACGUAUAGUAUUUUCGUCCAAGGAAUACAGCCCGGACAAGCCAACGCUGCGAGAUCAGCUGAAAGAGUUCACGAUGAAGCACAAUCCCUCGAAUGAGCUGGUGAGUGAUUUGCUAACCAUUAUGAAAGACAGCGGUGUCAAAGUGUCGCCGAAAACGGAUGCAAUGUGUCACAAUCGGUCCGAAUUUGAAAUCUUAUCGAUGACCACCGGACGCUACAUCAAUUUUGGCGUGAAACGAUCGAUCAUCAGCUUUAUCCGGAAGUUAUCCGACCAAACGAAUUAUGCAUGCACGAAGACGCUUUUCAUGGAUCUUGCGUUUUAUGUGGUGAAGUCUGAGAAAGUCAAAGGUGUCCAGUUGCCACAGUACAUGAUCAUCUUGGGGAAGCUUUCGCUUCAAUUGGACGAACCUUUUGUGAUUGGAAUUUAUCAGGGUAUCUUCCCGACGCCCACCAUUGCCAACGAGAUUCUGCGGCCGCUGGUUGACGAGCUGAAGGCCCUUCAACACAUCGAACUCCAGCUGGACGAACGAUCGUUUGGCGUUAGGGUUAGAAACGUUUUGUGUGACCCAAUCGCUAACAGUUUGGUUACGUGCACUUCCCUGCCCAACUCCCAGUUCGGAUGCAGCAAAUGCAACCAGAUGGGUCAGUUGCAGUUCAACGAAGGGAUCACAAGUUUCCCCCCAACGGCAAAUCUGGCUUCCAUGCGGACGGAUGAAGAUUUUAUUUACUGUCUCCAGAAUGGUCAUCAUGUUGGAGCCCCAAUCCUUCUGGAAUUGAAUUUGGAGCUGAAAUCCAAGUUUGUUAUCGAUUAUAAGUAUGUCGUAUGCGAGGGGGUCAUGAAGCGGAUGAUGAAUCUCUGGCUGGCGGGCAAAUUGGACUAUCGAUUGAACAAGGAAUCUAUUCGGCGGAUUUCGGGCGAGCUGCGGGACUUGGCAAAGUGUUGUCCCCGGGAAUUCAAACAAAAACCAAAGGGUCUUGACGAACUCGAACAGUGGGACGCAUAUGACUGGCGGCAGUUUCUGUUGUACUACUCGCCGAUCGUCCUGAAGAAUUAUCUACCUCAAAAGUACUACAUCCAUUUCCUGUACCUCCAUCUGGCGAUCCGCAUGCUGGUGAGCUCGGAACCGUUUGUCGAGUGCAGCACGUAUGUUUCCGGUCAGCUUCUGAACACAUUCGUAGCCGAUUACUCGAUCCUUUACGGAUCACACCUCAUCGACUAUAACGUACACAAUCUGCUACACUUCGAGGAGAUCAACAUGAAGGCCGGGCCAAUGUGUCAUACAAACGGGUAUUUGUACGAUCGCCAGAUGGACACGAUAAUGAAGGCAAUCCAAUCCAGUUCGAAGAUCAGCCUGGAUGAGAUCGGUGCCCUGGUGCGGGACAAUACCAAUGUGAUCGUGGAAAACAAACUCAACGAAUGUCGACAGCGCUAUCCCCAGGUGGAACAAUCGAACGAAGGACCGGUUCUGUUGUUGAACAGCAACACCACACUGACCACCCGUGAACCCGACAACUAUGUGAUCACCGAGGCCGGUGUGAUGAUGAUCGAAGGAAUCUACCCGGAAGAUUCGGAACUGCCGGAGAUUGUACUCGUGGGGAGGCAGUAUAUGGACGUGACGGUACUCUAUCAGACGCCAGUGACGGUGCAGAAGCUCCUGCUGGUGUCGAAACUGUCCCCAGUGUUUGCGUUCAAGGUCAGCGAGGUGCAAGUGAAAGCGAUCAAGGCGGACACCCCGCGGGGGACUUGCGUGCUACCUUUGAUUGAUUAGCACACAUGAGACUGUUUAGAAUAGGACUUCGAAACCGAAUGUGAUAUCUGUAUUGAAUAGCUGUAUAUAUAUUUAAGAUGAAAUGUACAUAGACGCUAGGAAUUAAAAGAAAACAUUGUUGUUCAGAAA